AUGUGGGUCCAUCCAGAAGAAGUGCUGCUGGCAAACGCCCUAUGGAUCACCGAGAGGGCCAAUCCUUAUUUCAUACUGCAGAGGAGGAAGGGGCAUGGGACCAGAGGAGGUGGGGGGCUGGCCGUUUCAGGUUUAUUAGUUGGGACACUUGAUGUUGUUUUGGACUCAAGUGCAAGAGUGGCACCAUAUCGCAUCCUUUAUCAGACUCCAGACUCCCUUGUGUACUGGACUAUUGCUUGUGGAGGCUCUCGGAGGGAGGUGACUGAGCACUGGGAAUGGCUUGAAGUGAACUUGCUGCAGACUCUCUCCAUUUUUGAAAAUGAAAAUGACAUCACCACAUUUGUUAAAGGAAAAAUACAGGGUAUCAUUGCAGAAUAUAAUAAAAUUAAUGGUGUUAAAGAAGACGAUGAUACAGACAAGUUUAAAGAGGCGAUUGUUAAGUUCCACAAGCUUUUUGGUAUGCCAGAUGAAGAGAAAUUGGUGAAUUACUACUCCUGCAGUUACUGGAAGGGCAGAGUUCCCCGGCAAGGAUGGAUGUACUUGAGCAUCAAUCACCUUUGUUUCUAUUCCUUCCUGCUAGGGAAAGAAGCCAAGCUGGUGAUCCGUUGGGUGGAUAUAACGCAGCUGGAAAAGACCGCCACCCUGCUUCUUCCUGACAUGAUUAAAGUCAGCACCCGGUCUAGUGAACAUUUCUUCUCCGUCUUUCUCAACAUCACAGAGACAUUCAAAUUAAUGGAGCAGCUUGCCAACAUAGCUAUGAGGCAGCUUCUGGACAAUGAAGGCUUUGAGCAGGACCGAUCUCUUCCCAAACUGAAAAAGAAAUCCCCCAAAAAAGUAUCUGCCCUAAAACGAGAUUUAGAUGCUCGAGCCAAGAGCGAACGAUAUCGUUCCCUCUUCCGCCUCCCCAAGGAUGAGAAGCUGGAUGGACAUACAGACUGUACUCUGUGGACACCAUUCAGUAAAAGACAUAUUGUGGGCCAGAUGUUUGUAUCCACCAAUUACAUUUGCUUCACUAGUAAAGAGGAGAACCUGUGCAGCCUAAUCAUUCCACUGAGAGAGGUGACCAUCGUUGAGAAGGCAGACAGUUCCAGUGUCCUGCCUAGUCCACUGUCUAUCAGCACAAAGAACAGAAUGACCUUCCUAUUUGCCAACUUGAAGGACAGAGACUUUCUUGUGCAGAGGAUAUCUGAUUUCCUGCAGCAAACUACCCUGAAAAUGUACUUUGAUAAGGACAUAUCUGGGAGUGACAGCAGCAUGAGUGAAGAGGUUUAUUCGAGAGCAAGCAGCUUUGUUUCAUGCAGUCCUCAGCUGAGACUCCGGACAGAAGUAUAUGGUGAUCGACCAUUAAAUCUUAAUGGUAACACUGCUCCAACUGCCACCCAGACCUUAAUGACAAUGUAUCGCAGGAGGUCACCAGAAGAGUUCAAUCCUAAACUGGCUAAAGAGUUUCUGAAGGAACAAGCGUGGAAGAUCCAUUUUGCAGAGUAUGGCCAGGGAAUCUGCAUGUACCGCACACAAAAGACAAGAGACCUGGUGUUGAAAGGAAUCCCAGAGAGUAUGCGUGGAGAGCUAUGGCUGCUCUUUUCUGGUGCUAUUAAUGAAAUGGCUACUCAUCCUGGGUAUUAUGAAGAGUUGGUCGAGAAGUCCAUGGGUCAGUAUAACCUUGCCACAGAAGAGAUUGAGAGGGAUUUGCAUCGUUCUCUUCCAGAACAUCCAGCAUUCCAAAACGAAAUCGGGAUCUCUGCUUUGAGAAGGGUCCUCACUGCUUAUGCCUUCAGAAACCCAAACAUUGGAUACUGCCAGGCCAUGAAUAUUGUUACCUCUGUGCUUCUGCUGUACGCUAAGGAAGAAGAAGCCUUUUGGUUGCUUGUUGCUCUAUGUGAACGCAUGCUUCCUGAUUACUACAAUACAAGAGUUGUUGGAGCUCUUGUGGAUCAGGGUGUUUUUGAAGAAUUGGCUCGUGACUAUGUGCCUCAGCUGUAUGACUGUAUGCAGGAUCUGGGUGUAAUUUCCACCAUUUCUUUAUCUUGGUUCCUCACAUUGUUUCUUAGUGUCAUGCCUUUUGAAAGUGCUGUGGUGGUUGUGGACUGUUUUUUCUAUGAAGGCAUUAAGGUGAUAUUCCAGCUGGCACUUGCUGUGUUGGAGGCCAAUGUGGACAAGCUACUUAACUGCAAAGACGAUGGAGAAGCUAUGACUGUCUUGGGGAGGUAUUUAGACAGUGUGAGUAAUAAAGACAGCACUUUACCACCAAUUCCUCAUCUCCAUUCCUUAAUCAUGGAUGACACAGAGCCUUAUCCAGAAGUGGACAUCUUUACACUUAUAGCUGCCUCUUAUCAGAAAUUUGGAACUAUACGGGCAGACCUGAUUGAGCAGAUGAGAUUUAGGCAACGGCUAAAAGUGAUACAGACUCUUGAAGAUACUACAAAACGAAAUGUGGUCCGCACCAUUGUCACUGACACUGCAUUCACUAUUGAUGAAUUGGAAGAACUGUAUGCACUUUUCAAGGCUGAGCACCUGACAAGCUGCUACUGGGGAGGUAACAGCAGCUCCAUUGAACGUCAUGACCCUUCCCUUCCCUAUCUUGAGCAGUACCGCAUAGACUUUCAACAAUUCAAAGGCAUGUUUAUACUGCUGUUCCCAUGGGCAAGUGGUGCACACACAGAUGUCAUGGCUGUCCGUCUCUUUAGACUCCUAGAUGAAAAUGGAGACAGCUUGAUCAACUUCAAAGAGUUUGUCUCUGGUUUAAGUGAUGCCUGCCAUGGGGACCUCACUGAAAAACUGAAGCUGUUAUAUAGGAUGCACAUACUGCCUGACUUGUCACCUGACCAGGAAGAGCCAGAUUCUGCUUUUGAAGCCACUCAAUAUUUUUUUGAAGAUAUCACACCAGAAUGUAGCCAAGGUAAGGUAAUCUCUGUGUAA